AUGGACCAGUCCCACAUUGUCACCAUACGGUACAACCUGGACAAAUGGCAUGAGGCCCAACUGAAUAGAGGAUCCGACUGGUCUUCUGCAAACAGUUCGCCUUCCAAAAUCAUCACAUUGAACUACCGCAAAGAUCGACUGGGCACUUCCACACCAGCGCUUUCUCCAGUGCCGUGGCUAAUGAAAAAGCGUGAGGAGCCCCGGGUUCGCAAGCCGAAAUAUGAUGAAAACGAACCUUUCCUUACAAGGCCAGUGGCCGAAUCCCUAGAUAGACUACGAGCCUACGAAACCUUCAUCAACCCUGAAGACCCAUUGCAUGCUGACAAAGCCUGGUACCACGACUUCACUAACGUCGCGCAGCGCCUUAAGCUCCUACGAGACACAUAUAAGGUGCUCCAGGCGGUGAGGAAAAAAAGAGCAAUGGGGGAGAGGGUCGACUUUCGCACUGCGCACGAGCUCAAGUCUCGUACGGGUAGUCCAGUGCCACUGGACGAAGAUCGCCAUCAUACGGGUCAAAGCGACGACGAAGAUAAACCACAAGCACCACCAGCUCCAGCGCCAGCACGCCGAGGCAGACCGAGGAAAAGAGGUGGUGCUGCUCGUGGACGUAAACCAGGCCCUAGGCUGCGAAAUGCCAUUCCUGCGCCAGCGCCAGUACCUACACCAACCAGAAGUCGCACCAGUAGACGGCGGGAGGCAGAGCUUAGUGAAAAGAGUAAGAAUACCACUGAUUCUCGUGCUUCAACGCCGGGGCCUAGCGAAGGGGUUAGUCAUGAUGAAACCAGCCAGCUUACACAGGUGGGGGCUGCUUCGCUGAGCCAGCCUAUGCCUGGCAAUGAGAUUAUUGUUCCUGAGCUCAUGCCGGAUAUGAAUGCUAUUUCGCAGCCACAAAGAGAUGGUACCAAGGCGGCGGCUCAGGAGCAGCCACAACAAGAGAUCCAAGGACAAUUCAACCAGGACUUGGACCAGCAGUUAUUUCAAGGAUUGAAUCAGGAAUUGGGGAAAGAGUUGGUUCCAGGCCAGCAGGAUAUUGGGCAGGCUGCCUUCUUGGACCAGAGUCAAGCUGCCGGGCCUGGCCAAUGGAAUCAGGCGGUUCCUGUGGAAAACUGGCAGGCCCAACUGGUACCUACAGGCCCCAACCAACUAGAAGAAUACUUUGCACAUGGCUACCCAGACACAAGUUCACUUUCUGAACUGACGGUAUCGAUCAUUGAAAACCUCAAACGAAAGAAUCCAUCUGGUCUGGUGCUCGCUUCGCUCUACAGUAGACCAGGAGGACUCAAUUUCCUGCCCCAAUGGGCGACCCAGCAGAAUGCCUUUGCGCGUCAGAAUCCCUCACAAACUCCAGAAAUACCUGAGCAUCCUCAAUGGCCAGAAGGACCCCGGGACCUGAGUUGA